CGCCUGAAGUGACGCGCCGGCGUGCUGACGCGCGGGCUCCAGGCCGAGGCCCGAUUCCGCGCCCGCCAUGGCCGACAAAAUGGACAUGUCCCUGGACGACAUCAUUAAGCUGAACCGGAGCCAGCGAGGCGGCCGCGGUGGGGGCCGGGGCCGCGGCCGGGUCGGCUCCCAGGGCGGCCGCGGCGGUGGGGUGCAGGCCGCCGCGCGAGUGAGCCGAGGCGGCGGGCCUAUCCGGAACCGGCCGGCCAUCGCCCGCGGCGCGGCCGGCGGCGGCAGGAACCGGCCGGCGCCCUACAGCAGGCCGAAACAGCUUCCCGACAAGUGGCAGCACGACCUUUUCGACAGCGGCUUCGGCGGUGGUGCCGGCGUGGAGACCGGUGGGAAGCUGCUGGUGUCAAAUCUGGACUUUGGAGUGUCAGACGCCGAUAUUCAGGAACUCUUUGCUGAAUUUGGAACGCUGAAGAAGGCAGCUGUGCACUAUGAUCGCUCUGGCCGCAGUUUAGGUACGGCAGAUGUGCAUUUUGAGCGGAAGGCAGAUGCCCUGAAGGCGAUGAAGCAGUACAACGGCGUCCCUCUGGACGGGCGCCCCAUGAACAUUCAACUCGUUACAUCACAGAUUGAUACACAGCGAAGACCUGUCCAGAGUGUAAACAGGGGUGGCAUGACUAGAAACCGUGGCUCCGGAGGUUUUGGUGGUGGUGGCGGCACCCGGAGAGGGACCCGUGGAGGCAGCCGGGGUAGAGGCCGAGGCACUGGCAGGAAUUCAAAGCAGCAGCUUUCUGCAGAGGAGUUGGACGCCCAGCUGGAUGCCUACAAUGCCAGAAUGGACACCAGUUAAACAGACCAGCAAAUCCGUGCAUGGAACAGGACCCAGAUUUCUCGUCUGUGCUCCCUAAUGGGAGGAAGGGCGACUGGGCUGUGUGGCCAAUGAUGGAUUUGUUUCUUUAUGUUUUAAAAUAGGAUUUAAAAACUCAUGUAAAGUUUUUUCUUUUUUUUUCUUUUUUUUUUUUUUUUUAAUUCUGGAACAGACCUGUUUUGUACUGAGUUAUUUUUGGGAUAAAUUUUACUGGUUGCUGUUGUGGAGGGGGUGGCAUUUCCACCUCUUCCAUAAUAAAAUAGAAACGUGUGUAGACCUGGA